AUGAGGUGCUCUCCUGGAAACUUGCACCCGACAGUUACCCCCCAGGCCUACGAGAAGCGCUUCCCUACCUGCCCACUGAUCCCAGUCUUCCUGGGCAGCGAGGUCCUGCGUGAGUCCCGCAGCGCGGAUGGCGCGGUGCACGUGGUGGAGCGGAGCUGCCGGCUGCGUGUGGAGGCCCCACGGCUGCUGUGGAAGAUCGCAGGCGUGGAGCAUGUGGUCUUUGUGCAGAGAAACGUCUUGAACUGGAAAGAGAGAACGCUCUGCAUCGAAGCGCACAAUGAGACCUUCGCCAGCCGCGUGGUGGUCAAGGAGAACUGCAGCUACAGGGUCCACCCAGAGAAUGAAGAGUGGACUUGCUUUGAGCAAUCCGCCUCACUCGACAUCCGGUCCUUCUUUGGCUUUGAAAGUGCCUUGGAGAAGAUUGCCAUGAAGCAGUACACAGCCAACGUCAAGAGGGGCAAGGAGGUGAUCGAAUAUUACCUGAAUGAGCUCAUCUCCCAGGGCACCUCCCACAUUCCCCGGUGGACGCCUGCUCUGGUCCGAGAAGAGGAUGCCCGUUCCCAGGCUGGACUGGGGGAUCCCGGCUCCUCGGAGGUCGACAGGCCCAGCAGCGCCCAGGGUCCCACUUCUGAGAUGGUCGGUACCGAUGGAGCCAAGCUGGAGGCGGACUACAUUGAGAGGUGCCUCGGCCAUCUCACACCCAUGCAGGAGAGCUGCUUGAUCCAGCUUCGGCACUGGCUGCAGGAGACCCACAAAGGCAAGAUUCCCAAAGAUGAGCACAUCCUUCGGUUCCUGCGGGCUCGUGACUUCCACCUGGACAAGGCCCGGGAGAUGCUGUGCCAGUCCCUGAGCUGGCGAAAGCAGCACCAGGUGGAUCUCCUUCUUCAGACCUGGCGCCCCCCUGCCCUCCUGGAGGAGUUCUAUGCGGGGGGCUGGCACUACCAGGAUACAGAUGGCCGCCCGCUAUACAUUUUGCGCCUGGGCCACAUGGACACCAAAGGCCUGAUGAAGGCUGUCGGGGAGGAGGCACUGCUGCAGCACGUUCUUUCUGUCAACGAGGAAGGACAGAAGAGGUGUGAAGGGAAUACCAAAAAGUUUGGCCGCCCCAUCAGGCAAGAACCCUGCAGGAGACAAAUUCCCUCAAACAGUAAAAACAGCCAAGGUUCACUAAACAUGGAUGCUGUGUUAGGCAGCGUGCUAGGCGCCCCUCAGAAAUGUAAUGUCCCCGAAGGAGGGCUGGUCCCCAAGUCCCUCUAUCUGACAGAAGAGGAGCAGGAGCACGCAGACCAGAUGCACCAGUGGAGAGAGACCUACCAGUCAGCCAGCGUGCUCCGUGGGGCCCCCCACGAGGUCACAGUGGAGAUUCUGGAGGGGGAGUCAGUCAUUACCUGGGACUUCGACAUCCUGCGAGGGGACGUGGUGUUCAGCCUGUACUACACCAAGCAGGUGCCCAAGCUGGGCCCCCGGGAGCCUGGGGCCAGGGCCAGCGGGCAGCUGACAGAUAAAGGCUGGGCCCGGGGGACAGACUACAGUCGUGUGGAGGCCCCCCUCGUCUGCCGAGAAGGGGAGAGCAUCCAGGGCUCCCAUGUGACCCGGUGGCCUGGUACCUACCUGCUCCAGUGGCAAAUGCACGACCCCCUCGGCAAUGUGGUGGAGGACGUCCUGACAGCCCUGCACAGCCCCGGUCCUAGGUGCAAACUCCUCUACUACUACGAGGUGCUGGCGUCUGAGGACUUCAGGGGUGGGGCCCUGAUCAGCCCCUUCAUCAACGAGAACACCAGGCAGAAGUUCCUCAUUUGCAGUGGCAGCAACUACCAGGGCCCUGGAGGCCUCGUGGACUACCUGGAUCAAGAAGUGAUCCCCGACUUCCUGGGGGGAGAGUGCCUGGGGCAGGUGCUAGGCUGGGCCCUGGGGGGGAUGAGGCAGAUGGCGUCUCCUGUCAUGGAGCAGGAGACCACAUAA